GAUCCAGGGCUGGGAAGCAGCAGGGACAGGUCCAGCACCCAGGUCUGGUGCUCUCUGUGGGAGCAAGAUGCCUUUCCCCGGAAAGAUGUGGCUCAGCCCCCACCUGGGCACUGCGGUGCUGUGCUGCUUGGUGGUCACCAUCCAGCUGCUGCGCUGGAGGAGGAGGACAGCGCUCUGGAAGCAGGUGGAGGAAGCCAGGAGGAAGAGAGAGAAGAGGCUGGAGCAGAUGCAGAAGGCUGCCUUGACAUUUAGGGAGCAGAAUCCCGGGGUAGAAGCUGAUCGCGUCCUCUCUCUCCCUCUCAUGGAGCUCUCUGAGGAACUCAGGAAUGGGUCUCUUCCUCCAGAACAUGUCCUUUACACCUACCUGGACAAGGCCUUUCAAGUGAACAAGGAUGUCAACUGUCUAACUGACUAUCUCCAGGAAUGCGAGUCUCAGCUUCAGGAAGUGAAGAAGCAGGAGAAGAAGGGCUUUUUGUACGGGAUCCCGGUCAGCGUGAAGGACUCCAUUGACUGCAAGGGACAUGAUUCCACAUUGGGGUUUCUGAAGAAACUCAAUCGUCCUGCUGCGGAGGACAGUGUGGUGGUCCAGGUCUUGAAGAGACAGGGCGCCAUUCCCUUUGUGAAGAGCAAUGUACCUCAGGGCUUGCUGAGCUAUGACUGCAGUAACGUCAUCUUUGGGCCUACAGCGAACCCUUUGAACCCCACCAGAUCGCCCGGUGGCUCCAGUGGUGGAGAAGGGGCCCUGAUCAGGAGUGGAGGAUCCAUCCUGGGCAUUGGGACUGAUAUAGGAGGGAGUGUUCGAAUCCCAGCUGCUUUCUGUGGGCUCUGUGCAUUUAAACCCACUGCGUCCAGACUCAGCCAGAAAGGAAUGGUUGCCAUUCUUCGGGGGCAAAAAUCAGCAAUGCCAGCAAUCGGGCCCAUAGCACGGGAUGUGGACAGCCUGGCUCUGUGCAUGAGGGCACUCCUGUGUGAUGACUUAUUCCGCCUAGAUUCUUCUGUGCCUCCAAUGCCCUUCAAGGAGGAGGUGUAUGCCAGUUCAAGACCUCUCCGCAUAGGGUAUCACGAUACAGAUAGUUUAACUAUGGCCAUUCCUUCCAUGAGACGUGCAGUUCUGGAGACCAGGAAGCUUCUAGAGGACGCCGGCCAUACGCUGGUGCCUUUCACACCCCACUUCUCAGACGACUUUUUCUUUAAUAUUUGCCUAAAGGGAUUGUUUGCAGAUGGAAGUUCCACGUAUGUGGACAGCUUCAAAGGGGAGUUGGAGGAACCUUAUGCCAGACAGUUUCUUCUGAUGGCCAAGUUGCCUGAUUGGUUUAAAAAACUCAUAUCCUGGAUCACCGGACCAAUAAUGCCUCGGUUAUCAAAAAUGUUGGGAAGCCUGGUGACCAGGUCUGUGAAGGAAGUCUGGGUGCUCCAUAGUGAGAUUGAGGAGCAUAGGCAACAAUUCAUGGCUGACUGGAGGAAGCUGGAUCUAGAUGUGAUGCUGUCCCCCAUGUUGGGCCCUGCUUUUAAGGCUGGAUAUCCUUCGAAACUCGCAGUGCUCGUGAGCUAUACUGUUCUGCAUAACUUCUUGGACAUCCCUGUUGGGGUCGUGCCCGUCACUACAGUGACUGAAGAAGAUGAGGAAGCACUGAAGAGCUACAAGGGAUACCGUCAUGACCGGUGGGACAAGGUGCUUGUGAAGGCUGCUUGUGGAGCUGUGGGGCUGCCCUUGGCGGUUCAGUGUGUGGCUUUGCCAUGGGAAGAGGAGCUCUGCCUCCGGUUCAUGAAGGAGGUGGAGAGACUGACCCAACGAAAGCAAAAGCAUCUGUGAACAACGUGCACGCCGCAGAGCACAGGAUGAAGAAGGCCACCCUCCUCAACGCAUCCAUCUGGUUCAACCUGUAGGGACACAAUGUCUGUAUGGUUAAAUAACUCAAGGAUUGCU